AUGGCUGAGUCACAGCCCGCCCGCAUCGACACCAUGGACACCCGCGAAACCCUAAUCCCAGAGACCCUCGUCGUCACCGAUCUCCCAGAAGCUCCCGCAGACACGGCAUCGGCACCAGACGCCGCCGGCUGUGACAACAAUAAUGAGCCAAGUGACGCCACCAACGGCGAGGAGCAGAAGCCAGCAGACGCCACCAGCAGCGGCGAGCAGAAGGCAGCAGACGCCGCCAGCGAGGAUAAGAAGCCACCUGCAAUGACCCCGGAAUCCAUUCGUAUCGCGAUCGAGAACUAUGCCAACAGCAUCAACAAGGACCCCAAGGAGGUGACGUUUUCCAUGCUUGAGGCUACAAAGGAAGGCCCCAGCUACUGGGCCACGGUCAACACAGACAUGUCGGCCCGUGGUGCCACGGCACAAUCUAUGGGCCGUGCCAUCCGCUUCAAACCGGACGUGAAAAACCUUUAUGGCCUACUCCUAGAUUCCUUCAAGCUCGAGUUUAGGAGGGCCUGGGCAUGCUCCCGGGACUUUGAAUUCGUCACGACUACCCGCAGCACCGUCAAUACAUUUCGCAAAAGAAAGGACGAGCUCGGCACCUACAAGACCUUCCUUCAGAUUUGUCAGGUCCUAGGUGGGGUCGAUGAACCCAUCGCCAUGCAACAGGCGAAGAACUACACUCAGAUGUGCUGCCGUGACGACCUCAAGGAACACUGUGUGGUCUACAACGCCUGGCUGAAAGCUGACACAUACCUGUGGGUGGAGCAGCUCCUGACCACAUCGAACAUCCAGGAAUGGAAGAGUACUGUGACUGUCGAGGUCAAGGAGCCGGUUAAAGGCUCAUGGUCUGAAAAGGUGCAGCUCUCGAAAGCUAUGCGAUGCUACGCGGCGGAGAACGGCAAGAGGUUGGUUGAUGUGACCGAGACCGAAGUGAGGACCUCGGAGUUGGGUUUGCAAGGCUAUGCUGCUUUGUUCGAAAAGACUCCAGGAGCCCAGCCCAAGCCCGGCGGGGAUGGCAGCAAUGCUGGUGGGUGCAAGGGCGGCAAGAAGAGGGGUUUGGAACAGGAGCCGAAGCCGAUCGACACUGACCUCCCGACGCCGCCUCCUACUACCGAGAAUCCUGCGAAUCCGAACAAGCGGGCAAAGGCGGGCGGGAGCGGUUCCGUCACGACCAAGAAGGAGAAGGAGGUCAAAGAGCUUCUUGCCCAGGAGCAAGCGAGCGACAAUGCUAUGAGCAUGAUCACGAUCGAGAUGGGCAAGAGCGAUCCCGCCGCAUGGCAGUGGGCGGCUGGGUUCGUGAAGAGCUACAAGGAAUGCCGGGUCGGGGUGCUCGAGCUCUACGCCGAGAACCCCUUCUUUCAGUCCAUGAAGGUGGCUGUUCUCUCCGCGAAGGAGCUGCAGAAGGUGAAGAAGGAGUACAAGGAUCAGUAUUUGCCGAAGCUUUGCGACUUCGUGAGCAUGUUGGGGCCGAAAAUCUCUGCUAUGGCAGAGGCUAGUGUACAGAUACAACAGAUGGCUAGUGCCAAGAAGAAUGCUUCCGAGAGUGUUAAAGCUAGCGGGGACAUCGAGGCUGCUAAGAAGUUUCGACGUCUGCUGGUCGAGAGGUUUUUGGAUGGUUCUGCUACGGCAACCGACACUUGUCAGCUUGCUUACUGGCACGUGGCAUCAGGGGGUGAGGGUGCUGAGGAUCUGGCUUUGAACCCUCGGCGAGAUUUGAGUGAACAACAUCCGGAUUUGAGAUUGCCGAUCAUUGACUUCAAAGCUGAUUGGGCUGCUUUGGUCGAGAUAGUCACGAUUCCGGAUGUGGAUGUUCAACAGCAGAUCUCGAAGCUUUUGCACUAUCGAAAAAAAGGCCGUGGCCGUGGACGCUGCUUGCUGAAAGCAUUCCAACAGCUAGGGCUUCCGAAAUGGGCUAGAUUGGAGCCUUCUACACUGUUGCCAGAUGUGGGGUCCUUCGAGCAGCAGCAGUGUCCAUUCAGUUGCAUCUUUUAUGUGGCUGGUGAACACGGCCGUGUGUUGCACGUGUCUCCGCUUUUGCAAAUCCCUGGAGUCAGCUUGAGUUCUUGGUGCAUCGACUUGCUACAUACGUGGCAUUAUGGACCCAUGUCUACUUAUCUGACAUUUGCUCUUCGUGCUUUGCUGAGCACAGAUAUCUACAAGCCUGGCAAUUCAGCGGUUCUAGACAAAGAAGAAAAUGACAAGCUUUCUUUGAUGGCCCUCAAAGCGGAAUUGUGGAUGUUCUACAAGCACAGACGUGCCACAGACAAGGAGUGGAGCAAGAAAGGUUCUGAGGUGUGGAACCUCACUCUCACGAUGCUUGCAGAGAAAGCCCUGAAGUGCAAAGCAGCGGAGACACACGGUCUACUUCGCUUUGUGGUCAUGACACUUGAGAAAUACAAGACGGUGCUUGAGGGCAAUGAAAAUUCGCACAUGUUUGAUCUACUUCGUCGGGCAGGGUGUGCAGCCGAAGCAUUCGAUCAGAUUAUGAACGAGCACAGCAGAGUGUUUCCGCAGGACGCAUGCGACGCUUUGCAUACACGAUAUCAUCGUUUCAUACAGCUGUGCUCAAGGGCUGGUGUGCCUUUCCUACCAAAGGGCCACCUCAUGUACCACCUUGCUUCUCAGGCCAGGGUUAAAGGGAAUCCCAGGAUGUAUUCUACUUAUGUGGAUGAGUCCUAUAACGGGGCCAUAGCUAAAGUCUGUCGUUCAGUUCAUCGUCGACAUUGGGCAAUGGCCGUCUACCGCAAGUUGCAAAUGCUGGAAGCUUUGGCUACUUCAUCUGCUGACGACUGA